UGUCUGUAUCUUCAGAAGCAGAAAGCAUCAAGAUAAAGACAUAAAAAUGACCGAGUUUUGGCUGAUUUCUGCUCCUGGGGAAAAAACCUGUCAACAGACAUGGGAAAAACUACAUGCAGCAACUACAAAAAAUAAUAAUCUUUCUACUAAUUCAAAGUUCAAUAUUCCAGACUUGAAGGUUGGCACACUGGAUGUUUUGGUUGGUUUGUCAGAUGAGCUGGCUAAACUGGAUGCAUUUGUGGAGGGUGUUGUAAAGAAAGUGGCCCAGUAUAUGGCUGAUGUUCUAGAAGACAGUAAAGAUAAAGUUCAGGAGAAUCUUCUGGCUAAUGGAGUUGACUUGGUCACCUAUAUAACAAGGUUCCAGUGGGAUAUGGCCAAAUACCCAAUCAAGCAAUCCUUGAAGAAUAUUUCAGAAAUCAUCGCAAAGGGAGUAAACCAGAUUGACAAUGAUCUGAAAGCAAGAGCCUCAGCAUACAAUAAUCUGAAAGGGAACCUUCAGAAUUUGGAAAGAAAGAAUGCGGGAAGCUUGCUAACCAGAAGUCUUGCUGAUAUUGUAAAGAAAGAGGACUUUGUACUUGAUUCAGAGUAUUUGGUUACAUUAUUAGUGAUUGUACCGAAGUCAAAUUAUAAUGACUGGGUUAAGCAAUAUGAAACACUAGCAGAGAUGGUUGUACCACGUUCCAGCAAUGUACUCUUUGAGGAUCAAGAUAGUUACCUUUGUAAUGUCACCUUGUUCAGAAAGGCGGUGGAUGACUUCAAGCAUAAAGCCAGAGAAUAUAAAUUUAUGGUCCGUGACUUCCAGUAUAAUGAAGAAGAGAUGAAAGCAGAUAAAGAGGAAAUGAAUAGACUGUCAACUGAUAAGAAGAAACAGUUUGGGCCUCUGGUUCGGUGGCUGAAAGUUAAUUUCAGUGAAGCUUUCAUUGCAUGGAUUCAUGUGAAAGCACUACGAGUUUUUGUGGAAUCUGUUUUAAGGUAUGGUUUGCCAGUUAACUUCCAGGCAAUGCUGCUUCAGCCUAAUAAGAAAACAAUGAAGAAACUGAGGGAGGUUUUGUAUGACUUGUACAAACACCUUGACAGCAGUGCAGCAGCUAUCAUUGAUGCAACUAUGGAUAUUCCAGGCUUAAACCUCAGUCAGCAGGAGUACUACCCAUAUGUGUACUACAAGAUCGAUUGUAAUUUGCUGGAAUUCAAGUAAAAGUUCCCUAACAUGACAAUCUUCUCAAUGUUGAAAUAAACAGAAGUGAGGCUGAAAUAAUAUGUUUAACACUCUACUAAUCAUAUGCUUGCUUCUUAUGUUAGGUGAAAGUGGUCCAUCUCUAGACAUUUUCUUUUUAAAGAACAGUGUAGGUAAUCUGCUUUUAAUCAAUUAUGUCUGUAAAUGUAUAUUGAGAGAAUUGAAGUAUUUAUAAACAGAGUGAUUUAUUUAAGGAAAAACUCAUUCCUCUUUCAUAUGGUGGUCUGUGUUAAUUCCAUUUACCAUUGUUUAUAAAAGAAAAACUUGUUUACAGAAGAAUAGUGUAAAUGUUCAUGGCCAUUUUGUUCAUUUGGUUUAGUAGAUACAAUUGUGUUAACAUUGUUGAACUGUGAUGUAAAGUAUGUAAAAUUGGUAUGAAAUCGUGCUUUCUGAAUGGUUUAAAAUUACUGAAGCACUGUAAACACAGGAAAAAAUAAAACGUACCUGUGCAAAUGUGUC